UUAAGAGAGACAAGAGCAUUUCUUCCUGCCCAGGGCUUCACGUUUGGGAAGGCUGGUGAGAUCCUCACCACGAGGCUACGGUCAAUGGCUUUUAAAGUGAUGUUGAGACAGGACAUGAGCUGGUUUGAUGAUCAUAAAAACAGUACUGGUGCACUUUCUACAAGACUUGCAAUGGAUGCCUCGCAAGUCCAAGGGGCCACUGGGACCAGGUUGGCUCUGAUUGCACAGAAUACGGCUAACCUUGGAACUGGUAUUAUCAUAGCAUUCAUCUACGGUUGGCAGUUAACCCUUUUGCUGUUAUCGGUUGUUCCAAUUAUUGCUGUAUCAGGAAUUGUUGAAAUGAAAUUGCUGGCUGGAAAUGCCAAAAGAGAUAAAAAGGAACUGGAAACUGCUGGAAAGAUUGCAACAGAGGCAAUAGAAAAUAUUAGGACAGUCGUGUCCUUGACCCAGGAAAGAAAAUUUGAAUCCAUGUAUGUUGAAAAACUGUAUGGAGCUUACAGGAAUUCUGUGCGGAAGGCACAUGUCUAUGGGAUUAGUUUUAGUAUUUCACAAGCAUUUAUGUAUUUUUCCUAUGCUGGUUGUUUCCGAUUUGGUGCCUAUCUCAUCGUAAAUGGACACAUGCGCUUCAGAGAUGUUAUUCUGGUGUUCUCAGCGAUUGUGUUGGGCGCCGUGGCUCUAGGACAUGCUAGUUCCUUUGCUCCAGACUAUGCUAAAGCCAAGCUGUCUGCAGCCCACUUAUUCAAGCUGUUUGAAAGACAACCCUUGAUUGACAGCCACAGUGAGGAAGGCCUGAGGCCCGAUAAGUUUGAAGGGAAUGUGACACUUAAUGAAGUCGUGUUCAGCUACCCCAGCCGGCCAAACGUGCCUGUGCUUCGGGGGCUGAGCCUGGAGGUGAAGAAGGGCCAGACGCUGGCCCUGGUGGGCAGCAGCGGCUGCGGGAAGAGCACGGUCGUCCAGCUCCUGGAGCGGUUCUAUGACCCCUUGGCUGGCACAGUGCUCCUAGAUGGUCACGAAGCGAAGAAGCUCAACAUUCAGUGGCUCAGAGCCCAACUUGGAAUCGUGUCCCAGGAGCCCAUCCUGUUUGACUGCAGCAUUGCCGACAACAUCGCCUAUGGGGACAACAGUCGGCUCGUAACCAUGCCUGAAAUUGUGAGCGCAGCCAAAGCAGCCAACAUCCAUCCUUUCAUUGAGACCUUGCCCCACAAAUAUGAAACAAGAGUGGGAGACAAGGGGACUCAGCUUUCCGGGGGACAGAAACAGAGGAUUGCUAUUGCCCGAGCCCUCAUCCGACACCCCCGCAUCCUACUGCUGGAUGAAGCUACAUCAGCACUGGAUACUGAAAGUGAGAAGAUUGUCCAAGAAGCCCUGGACAACGCCCGAGAAGGCCGCACCUGCAUCGUGAUCGCUCACCGCCUGUCCACCAUCCAGAACGCGGACAUGAUCGUGGUGAUUGAGAAUGGCAGGGUCAGGGAGCAGGGCACGCACCAGCAGCUGCUGGCGCAGCGGGGCAUCUACUUCACCAUGGUCAGCGUCCAGGCUGGGACAGAGAACUGAUGAACUCUUGUUAUAGUGUAUCUUAAAAAUAAAUUCCGACAACUUUUUUCUGA